AAAAAAAUCUUGCCGUCCAACUCAAGCUAAAAGGUCGAGUACCUAAAUGCGCAUCGGUUCCAUCUCCUCUUUCCAACCUUUUAAUUCAUCCAACCCAACCCUUCUCUCCCGCAAGUAAACUCACCCAUAUCAACCUCUAACUUACCACCACUACAGCAUUUGUAAAUAUCGUCGACAUCUUCAAAUAGUUGCCGCAUACAAGUCGCAUUUGCAAAUUUGCUACUUUGCUUCGGCAUUGUCACUUACAAUAACAUUUCCAGUCUAGCCACAGGAUUUCUAAUUUUCGACCCGUACAACCCGUAUCGGGAACUUGUUCCCACGCGCCAUAGUAGAGGUGCAAGAAGGACUUUUUUCUUGAUGGUACCAAGCAUUGUCGCAUCAAAUUCUUCACUUUCGCAAGCAGAUUUUCAUCAUUCAUCACUCGCCCAACUAAAAUCUGGUCUACUUUGAAGAAGGCAUUUAGGAAAAAAGAAAAGAAAAAGGACACACUUCGACUCUACCUAGAUUUGCCUCUUGACACAGCUGUAACUCGUUAGGUUGCGGCAAGAAUACAAGUAAUCGCCCGAGAGCCAAACCCACAACAAGAGACUCCCUGGUAUUUGGGUGACAAUCGCGCGACUCUAUCGUAUAUCAUUUCACAGGUGCUGCGAGCCUGAACUCGCUGUACAUUGUGUGCUUGUCAUCGUCCCAGCCUGUUCGAGAGAGCACUAGAGAACACUAGAGCAAUCAUGUCGUCGCCUGUAGCUGAGCUCGAGGCGGGCUUGAAUGCCAUGCAAAACCUAAAGCCACCCGGAGUUACCGCUUCUCGUAUUUCAACACUGACAAGUUUAUGCGUUGACAACAUUGAGUCUGAAUCCGUACUCAUCCAGAAGAUCUAUACCCAUUUCAAGAAGGCCCCAGCAACGCACAAGUUAGGCGUGUUAUACGUCGUAGAUUCCGUAACUCGCAAAUGGGUUGAGCACGCUAAACAUCAGGGUCAGCCUAUCAAUAGCUCUGCAAACGAUGGAACCUACGCUGCCGGUGUGCAUAGAGUAACGGAAUUGCUUCCUGUCCUUAUGAAUGACAUUAUUCAAACUGCUCCCGGAGAACAGAAGGAGAAAAUUAAGAAGCUCAUUGAUAUCUGGGAAAAGGGCCAGACAUUCCCUCUAGAUAUGAUCGAGUCAUUCAAGCAGAAGCUCACUCCUGCAGCUAAGUCCACGACGCCGCCAGGUAGUCCCCCGCCGGGUCCCGGACUUCCAGGUUUGCCGGAAACCAAGUCUGCCGUUACCGAAGCACCAAAUGCCAUUAUGGAGGCUCUGGCCAAUAUCGCUAGACAGAACGUGACCGCAGCACCGGUCAAUAACAAUGUGCAAGCUGCGACCAGCGCUUAUAACGUAGCGCCGGCGCAGACAAGUACAACUCGAUCCCCGGUUCUCCCUCUGGGACAAGGUCAGCCCGCCCCCUACUCUACACCUCAGCAGGCUGUAAAUUUGCCAGGAAUGCCGUAUCCAUUCCCCCAACCAGGUCAAGUCCAGGCGGCAACCCCCACGCCCCCGGUGACUGCCAGUAAUCUAGUCCCCGGCUUUCCUGGCGUAGCUACAGGUGCUUCUGCGGCACCUGUUUCUGGCAUGGAUCCCAGUCUCCAGCAGCAGGUCAUGAUAAUCAAACUUCUUGCGGACCAAGGUGUGCCUUUUGAUAAGAUACCAGCUAUCAUAGCCGGGAUGCAGAGCAGUAGUGUCGCUCUACCCCCAUCGACUGCUGCCGCUUCAGCUGCAGCACCCCCUGUAGGUCAGCCCCAGUAUGCUGGCUCGUGGGGUCAAGGCGCCUUUCAGCCGGUUGAUCCACGUGAUCAUGAAUUUCAGCAAGUUAGAUCGCCUAGAUAUCGCAACCGUUCGAGGUCGCGCUCGCCUCCCCGUCAUUGGGAUACGCGCGACUCUCCUCGAGGUCGUGCUGAUCGUGAAUAUGGCAACUAUGGUCGUAACUCUCCCGGCUUAGGACGUAUGGACGAUCGUGAUCGUCGUGCUCGAGGCACCGACUAUCGGCAGCGCAGUCCCGGACGCCGCGGCCGUAGUCCUAGCCCACCUAAUCAAGGAUACCCACAGCCCCCGGCUACCAAAUGGGUCGAGUAUGACAGAACCAUCCCACAGGGUCACAUUAAGGUUUUGAGCAGGACUUUGUUCGUCGGAGGCGUCACUUGCCCUGAGAGCGAGUUACGCAGCGCUUUUAAUCGUCAUGGCCAGGUGCAAACUUGCAUCGUCAACAAGGACAAGCGCCACGCGUUUGUCAAGAUGAUUACUCGACGGGAUGCCGUCACUGCUAAGGAAGCCAUGGAAAAUAGCACUUUCAGGACUCGAUGGGGUGUCGGCUUUGGUCCCAGAGAUUGUAGCGACUAUCAGACGGGCAUCAGCGUCAUUCCUAUCAACAAGCUGACAGAGGCAGACCGAAAGUGGAUGUUAACCGCUGAAUUCGGCGGUAGCGGUGGUCGUUCCAUCGAGACGGGAUUGGUGGUUGAAGAACCAGAUAUCGAGAUUGGCGCUGGUGUCUCGUCGAAGGCAAUUAGUCGACGUAUGCAGACCGACAAGGGUGGAAGACACGGUCCCAAGUCUAGCCGUGGUCCGGGUGGCGAGGAGGAGGGCGACCUUACUCGAUGGCGUCGAAACCGAGACGGUCGACAAGAGGAGCAUCAGGACGACAGGAACGGAGUCACCAAUGGCCCAGCUAUCCCGUCAUUCCCCUUUGGAAUUGGAACCGGCCCUAACGGCAUGCCAGUUUUCCCUCCUGGCUUUGCCUUCCCUCCCCCUACCUCUGACCAGUAGCAGUGGUCGGACUACGGAUGGCAAUACUGAAGCUGUCCCGUUCCAACUAUUGGAUCACGAUGUCCUCUGUGUUUCUCCUUGGUGCUUCAGAGAAAUUCACAUUUCCUGUUGAAUCGGCUUAGUAGUCGCGGUGCUUGCAGUACGGGGAUAUGCAUAGCACCUUACGAAUCACGUAGCAUGGAUCGGCGUUGGAGGUAUUCUGCGUUAAGAUUGAUAGGACCGCGGUCGUCUUUCUUGGCAUGUCACUAUAUCAGACUUCUUUCGAGUUCUCGAGUUCAGGUUUGACGAACUUUCACAUCAGGGUAUACGGUCUAUCCGUUUUUGAUGCUGUUUUUUUCCUUCGGGAUCUAGCAUCGACCUACCUCCUUACUUACGGAGUGUAUGGUCUAUUCUGCUUACAGAUUUGAGUCUGUGGUAGAGUACAUAAUGUAUAGUACUCAGAGCACGAAAGGCGUUGGGGGCAAACAAAAAUGGAGGAGGCGGCUUUUUUCUUCGUUAACUUCCACUAUGCCGGAAGUUAGAUACCUGCAGGAAUCAAGAUUCGGUUGAUUCUAUAUGAACUUUGACUUCUGAAUUGUGUGAUUG